AUGUUUUCUGUUAUUGUAGCGGCACUGAAUCAUUUUACACCAGCUGCUGCAGUCGUUGGAGACCGAACGAUAAUUGUACACUUUGAAGUGAAUAGUGACCCAGGGCGCGCACGAAGUAGCGAAAGACACCGCUAACGAUUUUUCUAACCGUUUGACACUACUCCCUCCGCGUGAUGAGGCCUCGCGCCCUAAGGGUGUUGGAGCGAGCUAGGUCCCCCCCUACACGUUAGAGCGCUAUUAAGAAUCGAGCAGCGCAUGUGAGAUGCUCCCACAGCAGCAGCAGCAGCAGCCCGCCAGUCAGUAACAAACAUUCGCUGUUAGUGGUACGGUUUGGGCUUCGGCUGCUUGGAUGGAGACAGCGCAGUGUUUGUGUACAGUUUCAUAGAGACACACUUUGGCGGCCGUGCAAGCAGGGAACAGCAUCAAGUAGUGACGUGAACGCGAACAUAGCCAAAACAUUAGCAUGAUUCCCAUCGCCCCAAUCCAACUUCGCAUAUUUGACUCGCCCAAGAUGACGGACUCGAAAUACUUUACCACCACCAAGAAGGGUGAAAUUUUCGAACUCAAGUCCGAGCUCAACAAUGACAAAAAGGAGAAGAAAAAGGAAGCAGUGAAGAAGGUCAUUGCCAGCAUGACGGUGGGGAAAGACGUGUCGGCCCUAUUUCCCGACGUGGUGAACUGCAUGCAAACGGACAAUUUGGAGCUGAAGAAGCUGGUGUAUCUGUAUUUGAUGAACUACGCCAAGUCACAGCCCGAUAUGGCCAUCAUGGCCGUCAACACGUUCGUUAAGGAUUUGCCACAUUCUCAACUCGUUAAGGAUUGUGAGGACACGAAUCCACUGAUCCGUGCACUGGCCGUGCGCACGAUGGGCUGCAUCCGGGUGGAUAAGAUCACCGAGUACUUGUGCGAACCGCUGCGCAAGUGUCUGAAAGACGAGGAUCCGUAUGUACGCAAGACUGCUGCCGUAUGUGUGGCCAAGCUGUACGAUAUCUCAAGCUCGAUGGUGGAAGAUCAAGGAUUUCUGGACCAGCUGAAGGAUCUGCUGUCCGAUUCGAACCCGAUGGUGGUGGCCAACGCCGUGGCUGCGCUGAGUGAGAUCAACGAAGCAAGUGCGAGUGGGCAACCGCUGGUCGAGAUGAAUUCGGUCACCAUCAACAAACUGCUGACGGCGCUAAACGAAUGCACCGAGUGGGGCCAGGUGUUCAUCCUGGAUUCGCUGGCAAACUACACCCCCAAAGACGAACGGGAGGCACAAUCGAUCUGCGAACGUAUUACGCCCCGCUUGGCCCACGCUAAUGCGGCCGUUGUGUUGAGCGCGAUCAAGGUGUUGAUGAAGCUGCUGGAGAUUUUGGCCGGUGACAACGAUUUCUGCUCGAUGCUGACGAAAAAGCUGGCCCCACCGCUGGUGACGCUGCUGAGCUCGGAGCCGGAGGUGCAGUACGUGGCCCUCCGCAACAUCAAUCUGAUUGUGCAGAAGCGGCCGGACAUUUUGAAGCACGAGAUGAAGGUGUUCUUUGUGAAGUAUAACGAUCCCAUCUACGUGAAGCUGGAGAAGCUGGACAUCAUGAUUCGUCUGGCAAACCAGAGCAACAUCGCGCAAGUGUUGAGCGAGCUGAAGGAGUACGCCACCGAGGUGGAUGUCGAUUUCGUGCGCAAGGCAGUGCGUGCGAUCGGACGGUGCGCGAUUAAGGUGGAGCCAUCGGCCGAGCGGUGCGUGUCGACGCUGCUCGAUCUGAUCCAAACGAAGGUGAACUACGUCGUGCAGGAAGCGAUCGUGGUGAUCAAGGACAUCUUCCGCAAGUAUCCCAACAAGUACGAGAGCAUCAUCAGCACGCUUUGCGAGAAUCUGGACACUCUGGACGAGCCGGAAGCGCGCGCCUCGAUGGUGUGGAUCAUCGGCGAGUACGCCGAGCGAAUCGACAACGCGGAUGAGCUGUUGGACGGCUUCCUGGAGGGCUUCCAGGAUGAAAAUGCGCAAGUGCAGCUGCAGCUGCUAACGGCGGUGGUGAAACUGUUCCUCAAGCGCCCGGCCGACACGCAGGAGCUGGUCCAGCACAUCCUUUCGCUUGCCACGCAGGACUCGGACAAUCCGGAUCUGCGUGAUCGUGGCUUCAUCUACUGGCGUUUGCUGUCGACGGAUCCGGCCGCCGCAAAGGAGGUCGUGCUGGCCGACAAGCCGCUCAUUUCCGAGGAGACCGAUUUGCUGGAGCCGACGCUGCUGGACGAGCUGAUUUGCCACAUUAGCUCGCUGGCCAGCGUUUACCACAAGCCGCCGACCGCGUUCGUAGAGGGCCGCGGUGCCGGUGUCCGCAAGUCGCUGCCGAACCGUUCGGCGUCGGCCGCGGGAGAAGACAGCUCGUCGGUCCAGGAGGCCACCGUCAUUCCCAACCAGGAAUCGUUGAUCGGUGAUCUGCUUUCGAUGGACAUUGGGGCACCGGCGGCACCGGCCGCGCCGGCUCCAGCCAGCAGCAAUGUGGAUCUGCUUGGCGGCGGGCUGGAUAUUCUGCUCGGCGGCGGACCCGUGGCAUCAAAUGACGCGGCACCAGCGGCUCCAGCACCGGCUGGAGGCUCCGCUGCGGGCGGACUGCUCGGAGAUAUUUUCGGUAUCGGCCCAGUGAGCAGCUCGAACAUGAUACAGAUCCCGAAAAUCACCUGGCUACCAGCGGACAAGGGCAAGGGACUCGAAAUUCAGGGCACGUUCUCGCGCCGGGCCGGCCAGGUGUACAUGGACAUGACGUUCACCAACAAGGCGAUGCAAGCAAUGACCGGGUUUGCGAUUCAACUGAACAAAAACAGCUUCGGACUGGUGCCGAGCGCUCCGCUGCAAGUGGCCCCACUGCAACCGUCGCAAUCGGUCGAUACAUCGCUCGCCCUUGGCACGACCGGGCCGGUGCAGCGUAUGGAGCCGCUGAACAACCUGCAGGUCGCUAUCAAAAACAACGUGGACAUCUUCUACUUUGCCUGUCUCGUGCACGGCAACGUACUGUUUGUGGAGGACGGACAGCUGGAUAAGCGCGUCUUUCUGACCACCUGGAAGGAAAUUCCGGCCGCGAACGAGAUACAGUACAAUCUGCACGGCAUCGUCGGAACGGCCGAUACGGUCGCGGCCAAGAUGACGGCGAACAGCAUCUUCACCAUCGCGAAGCGCAACGUCGAGGGUCAGGACAUGCUGUACCAGUCGCUGAAGCUGACGAACAACAUCUGGGUGUUGCUGGAGCUGAAACUAUCGCCGGGCAGUUCCGACGCAACGCUCAGUCUGAAAACGCGCUCGGUUGAGGUCGGAGCGAUCAUCUUUGCCGCUUACGAGCAGAUUAUCCGUUCGCCGUAAAGACUCAACGCGCGUGAACCACCAGCCGUGUGUAGAGUUUAGCAUUGUUAUAUUCCAUUAGAUUGUAACCGUUGGACAAAGAUGCCACCCGAAUACUCCGUUAGAUAAGGAGAUAGCGCGAGAGGAGUUGAGUUGGGUGGCAAAAUCGUUACGCGGACUCGAAGCACGCAUUAUUGGGCGGCCAGUCGUUGUUCGCAGAAGAGGCAAUAUUCACCUUCUGUGGUUCUGUUCUACAGCGCUAUUAUUGUAUUUCUUCAUGCACAGUAUGAAAACGAGCCAUGAGUUUUAGUAGUAUCGAAUAAGCGUCUAUCUCUCCCUAGCAAUGUACGCAAAAACUAGACAAAAACACAUCGCGUAAAGAGAACUGUAGUACCAUAUAUAUCGAUACAAUUCACACAUCGUCCGUCGUGACUACCUAAAUAAAGUAUAAUCGAUGAUAUACUACUAACAC